GCCAGACUGAGCAUGGGAAGCAAUAGGAAAUGGAGCUGAAGAGACAAAAUCCUGCGUAACAACAAGAAAAUUUCAAGUUAAAGAAAUGAGUCAAACAUCUUUGAAACAGAAAAAGAAAAAUGAGAAUGGGAUGAGGCAAUCAAAAGAGAGUCUAGAAGGAGAAAAAAGAAAGGAAACUGAAAAGUCGGGAGUUCGGCUAAGCAAUCAGAUGAGGCAUGCAGUCUAUCCGAAUCACCCGCUGAGAUGUUGCCCCAUGCGGGGUCACCCGUCGUGUAGACGCUGCCUUUGUGCAGUUGAGGGAACUAGCCCCUGCCGCACAAUACGUAUUUAUAUUCACGUGUGCCUGUUGUGGGAGCAGGGCCGGCAGAUCACCAUGAUGAGGGGAUCCCAAGAGUCAUUGCAGAAGCCAGACUCUCGAGCAAGUGUUGUACGAAGUCAGUGGUCUAGGACAUCUCGGAGCCCAUCCACCAAACCUCCAUCAGUAGAGGAGUCAAGAAGCAGGAACACCAGUCUUAAGCUCCAAAACAGCUCCACAACCUCCCGAACUUCAUCUACUUCCCCCAGCCAGGAGGACUCUCCACCACCACAGGCUUCGCCAGAACCCUCUCCACCAAUGCCCAAAACGCAGCCAGAGCCAGAAAUGCCUCUCGAAUCGCAGCCUCCCACGCCCCCCGAACCAGAGUCCAGCCAGAGGCGCAAGAAGUACGAUGGCCCCACGCCCCCAGGGUCUGAGACCAGCAGGCGCAAGAAAUACGAUGCUCCCUCACUCCCAGAACCAGAGUCCAGCAUCAGGCGCAAGAAGUAUGAGCCUCCAGAAGCCUGGGCUCAAAGCCUUGGGCGUGAUGUCCGCGAUAACCGGAACUCUCUGGCGCGGGACACACGCAGUGACUCACGAGACUCGCACAUGCAGCCGCGGGAAUAUUCGCGCCCGACUCCCACCGAGUGGAAGGCCUAUUCCCAGCGUCGCCCGCACUACCCUACCUCCAUCCAGAUGGAUCUCGACUGUAUGUCGGAAAUGCAACAGCAGAAGCUGCAGGAGGAAGACGAGAUAGAUGAGGCCUACUGGGCAUCCGUGAAGCUGCUGUACGAGAAAAUCCCCAGUUCCUCGCGCCCACGGCCGGUGAGCAGGCCCCCAGUGCAGCCCAAACCCAAGAACGCCAUCACCAUCGCUGUGUCAUCUCGGGCACUCUUCAACAUGGUGGAUGACAGGAGAAUCUAUGAGGAAGAAGGUCUGGAAAAGUACAUGGAAUAUCAGCUCACUAAUGAGAACGUCAUCCUGACUCCCGGGCCCGCGUUCCGCUUUGUCAAGGCACUGCAGCAUGUCAAUUCUAGACUCCGAGAUCUGUAUCCUGAUGAUCAGGAAUUAUUUGAUAUUGUACUGAUGACUAAUAACCAUGCCCAAGUGGGAGUGCGGCUUAUAAACAGCGUCAAUCACUAUGGCCUACUAAUUGACCGCUUCUGUUUGACUGGUGGAAAAAGUCCCAUUGGCUAUUUGAAGGCAUAUCUUACCAACUUGUAUCUUUCUGCGGAUUCUGAAAAAGUCCAAGAAGCAAUACAAGAAGGUAUUGCCUCUGCAACAAUGUUUGAUGGAGCCAAAGAUAUGUCUUACUGUGACACACAGCUCCGUGUGGCCUUUGAUGGGGAUGCUGUCCUCUUCUCUGAUGAGUCUGAACAAAUUGCCAAAGAGCACGGGCUGGACAAAUUCUUUCAACAUGAAACACUAUUUGAAAAUAAGCCGCUUGCUCAGGGUCCCUUGAAAGGCUUUCUGGAAGACUUAGGCAGACUGCAAAAGAAGUUUUAUGCCAAAGAUGAACGGUUACUUUGUCCUAUCAGGACCUACCUGGUUACAGCCCGAAGUGCAGCCAGCUCAGGUGCCCGGGUGCUGAAGACUCUUCGCCGCUGGGGUCUAGAGAUAGACGAAGCUCUUUUUCUUGCGGGAGCCCCUAAAGGUCCCAUCUUGGUGAAGAUCCGUCCCCACAUCUUCUUUGAUGACCAGAUGUUCCACAUUGAAGGGGCAAAGAAAUUAGGCACCAUCACAGCUCAUGUACCUUAUGGAGUUGGCCAAAAAUACCACACUUAGCGAUGAGGACAAGAAAAAGAACAGUGACAUUCUAGUAUUACAGAGGAAACUUCCUUUGGAUGUUUAGAGUAAUCAGGUAUUUUAGAAGCUUGGACCUAAAAACUAGCUCCUUUUGGAAGUUUCCUCUUCAUGUUCUGGGGCAACAUUUUCAACUAUCAAGUAACCUUCAAGCUACUUCUCUUUGUCAAUGCUGUUGAAUGCCAUUGCAUCUGCCUUUGUGUAAAUCAUGAUGACUCUUUAGGAUAAAUUUUGAAUUUGAAUACUUGAAUGACUAAGGGGCUGUUUCAGAAACUUUCUUAGUUUCACAGAACAAUGCUCAUUUUUGUUCUGUGACAUAGUAUUAUUACCUUCCUUUUCUUUCAUUUUUUGAAUUUGGUACAUAGAAUGAAUUGUUACCCAUCAUCACCUUAGAUUAGUGGUUUUCAAAGGUGGAAAGUGUUUUAAGUAUGCUCUUGAAAAACAAGUUGAAAUGAAAAUGUUACUCUCUACAUGCAUGAGUUUACCAGUUUUGACACUUCAUUUGGAAAUAAAACAGCUGACUAUAUAAGCUUUGUAAGAUAGGGCACUUUGUAAGACAAGUUCUAGACACAGCCUACUGAGAAGGGUUCUUUGAAACUUUCUUGGUGAGUUAAUUGCCUCUGAACUAUAAAACUUCAUAUUCAAAGA